AUCAUUCUCCUUUUUAGGGCCAUCUCCGUGUCUUUCUGGAGUCUGUAUAACUUUCUGAAACACCCCUGCCCUCUUCGACGUUCCUCACAAAAAAAUCCCUUUGAUCUCUAACAAUCCGAGCGCGAGAAUCCCCCAGUCCGUCCCCAUGCCUCCUCACCACCACCACGACCGAACACCGCCACCACCCCCACAACCAUCCCCAUAUAAACCAAACCCAAAGCUCCUCUCCCUCCUCCUUAAGGCCAUUAUCAUGACCCUCCUCACCUCCCUCUUCUUCCUCUUCCUCGGCCUCGCCUCCGCCGCCUUGCUCCUCCUCCACCUCUCCCUCUCUUCCCACCGCCUCCGUCACCGCCGAUAUUCUUUUCCCUCCACCCCCUCCUCUGGCCUUCCCCCCAGAGACCUCAGCACCCUCCCCCACUUCAGAUUCAAGCGGCACGCACCCAAGAACGGCGCCUUUGUAGAAGAAGAAGAUUGCGUGGUAUGCCUUGACUCCUUCAGGGACGGCCAGUGCUGCAGGAAACUCGUCGCGUGCGGUCACGUGUUCCACAUGAGGUGCGUGGACUCUUGGCUCGUCAAGGUCGCCGCCUGUCCAAUUUGCCGGGCACGUGUUCGAUCAAAUGCGGGAACGAAGGGCUUUAUGAUGGGUUUGGAGGAGGAAGAUGAGGAUAAGCAGUUGUGGGGGGGUUUGGUAGGCUUGUAAUUAUUGUAAGUUCUGGAAUCUUUUGAAAUUUUGUACCACAUGUAAUUUUUGUUCCCUCUUUCUGUUUUUCCGUUGAUGUAUAGUUUCAGAUAUAAUUUGUUGGUAUGUCUGUUUGGACUUCUAUUUGCUUUUCUUAAGGUUUUCCUACCGUGGGUUUUGUUUGUUUGCA